AUGGAUGUACCUUUUGAUCCAUCUCAGAGCAGUGAAGUAAUUCUUCUCAGUGAGCAGAGAAAAAGUAAUCAAACACUCCCAAGAGCUUAAACUAUGCGAGAAGGCACACUUAAGCUACCAUAUUAACUUGGGGUAUCGGGCCUAAGUCCAAGAACAGAAUAAAAUAAGGGAAUAAACAAAUAAAAGAAAAAUACUAAAGACUUUUAGAUUGUAAAUUAGGAUCUGACUCUAAGUGUUGUCUCAGCUGAUUCAGAUAUGUAAUUAGAUCCUGAUUCAGAUAAUAAUCUGAUAGCUCUAUCAUACAUAAUUUGUUCAAUCCAACUAUUAGAAUCAUUGCUUGGAUAUGCAAUCUCAAUUAUUGCUUUUAAGAUUGAGAAGAAAAGAGACAUGAAAUUAGCUAAGACAUUAAACAGAGUAACUAUUUUAGCAAUGAUUAUGUACAAUAUCAUGAUUAUCGUGUAAUUUUAUCUUUGCGAUCUAUAUCUAUUUAAAGUAAUAGAAUAUAAUUACUCAGAUGAUGGAGAUGAUGUUGUCUCGGAAAAGAAGAAAACUCCAACUAUUGUUUUACUAGUGAUAAUCUUGAUAAAUAUGAUCGGAGUGACAGUCUUAACUUACUGUGCUAGAAGGCUAUUUUUACAUUAUGAGAGAUUACUUGGAGAAUAUGUUAUGUUUCUCAUUAAAUUUGUCGAGACUCCAAGAAGUAAAAUGGCAUAAAAAUAUAUCCCUCCACUUGAUCCACUUUAUGAAGAGUCAAGUGUAUGUAAUACAACUGUCAGCCAAAUCUUCUAAAGAAGAAAUUUUUCAAAUAGUAAUUAAUUUGCCAACAGAGAAUCCAGACCAAUAAGCAAAGCUAAUGAUGAUUAUAACUAUGACAUUGAUGAAGAAGGUACAAAUUAUUAUGAACCUUCAUCUCAAUAAAAUGAUGAAACCCCAAGUUUAAAACUAAACAGCAAUAAAAAGAUAAUGGGGAAUAUUAAUAGGUCAAAGAGUCAGUUCAGAUGA